AUGGCGUCUGCAUCCACCAAUACUGUUUACCGGGCCACCACCACUGCCCCGGUUAACAUUGCUGUUAUCAAAUACUGGGGCAAGCGUGAUACUACUCUUAACCUUCCCACAAACUCUUCUCUUUCGGUCACCCUCUCUCAAAAAUCUCUUCGUACCUUGACUACUGCCUCUUGCUCUGCCGAAUACCCAACUACGGACACCCUCAACCUGAACGGCAAGCCCCAGGACAUCCAGUCUUCUAAGCGUACUCUCGCUUGUAUCUCCAACCUUCGUGCUCUGCGCAAGACUAUUGAGGAUGUUGACAGUUCGCUCCCCAAGCUUUCCACUCUCCCUCUCCGGAUUGUCUCCGAGAACAACUUCCCCACCGCUGCGGGUCUGGCCAGUUCCGCUGCCGGUUUCGCAGCCCUAGUCCGUGCCGUUGCCGACCUGUACCAGCUGCCUCAGUCCCCUAAGGAGCUGAGCCGUAUUGCUCGCCAGGGUUCCGGAUCUGCCUGCCGUUCCCUGAUGGGCGGAUACGUUGCCUGGCGCACGGGCGAGCUCGCCGACGGAAGCGACAGUCUGGCCGAGGAAGUUGCUCCUGCGUCUCACUGGCCUGAGAUGCGAGCUCUGGUUCUCGUCGUCAGUGCCGAGAAGAAGGAUGUUCCUAGCACAGAGGGUAUGCAAACCACCGUCGCCACCUCGGCUCUCUUCGCCGAGCGCGCCCAGAAUGUUGUUCCCGGACGUAUGGCCGCCAUCGAGACCGCCAUCCAAAACCGCAACUUCCAUGACUUUGCUGAGAUCACCAUGCGUGACUCGAACACUUUCCACGCCACUUGCCUUGACUCGUGGCCUCCUAUCUUCUACAUGAACGACGUCUCUCGCGCGGCUGUUCGCCUUGUGCACGACAUCAACAAUGCUGUUGGCCGUACUGUCGCUGCCUACACCUUCGAUGCAGGCCCCAAUGCUGUCAUCUAUUAUGAAGACAAGGACUCUGAGAUUGUUGCGGCUACUGUCAAGGCCAUCCUGGGCCCCAACUCUGAGGGUUGGGACGGUGCGUUCUACGACAGACUGGCCAACAUCACUUCUCCUGGUGUCUCCCUGGACAAGAUCGACUCUCGCGCCGUCGAGGUUCUGAAGGAUGGCGUGAGCCGCGUCAUCUUGACCGGUGUGGGAGAGGGCCCCAUCUCGGUUGAGGAUCACCUUGUCAGCGAGACUGGCGAGAUCCUCAGCACCCUUUAA